GUGCUUCAAUCAGUCAGUAAGCAAACACUUUUUACAUGUGGUUUGAAAAGUUUGUUUAAAGCUAUUGUUUUGUUGCUCUUUUUUCUUAGAUUUCAAUUUUUGAUUGUGAUUGUGGUUUAAAUUAUUUUUUCAUUUAAUUAUGUAUCGACGUCAACAAAGGUUAAGAAGAGAAUAUCUAUUCCGUAAGUCUGUUGAAGACCAGAAAAGAGCUGUUGCAGAGAAGAAGCAAAAAAUUAAAGAAGCUCUGGAAACCAAUGAACCUAUUCCAACUGAUUUAAGAAGAGGUGCUAUUCAAUUAAGUAGAGUCGCUGAACUAGAUGAUGAUGGAGGUGAACAGGUAACUAACCACGAGGAUGAUGAAUAUCGAUGGGCUGGUGUUGAAGAUCCUAAAAUUGUUAUAACAACUUCAAGAGAUCCAAGUUCUCGUUUGAAACAAUUUGCUGCUGAAAUGAAACUUGUCUUACCCAAUUCACAGCGAAUCAACCGUGGUAAUUAUGAUAUGAAGAAGCUGUUUGAAGCAUGUCGAGCCAAUGAUGUUACUGAUUUCAUAGUUGUCCAUGAAACUAGAGGUCGACCCGAUGGAUUGAUUAUUUCUCAUCUACCCUUUGGUCCAACUGCUUAUUUUCAAUUAGCCAACGUAGUAAUGAGGCAUGAUAUUGCAAACAUCGAUAAAAUGUCUGAAGCUUAUCCUCAUCUGAUAUUUCAUAAUUUUAAUUCAAAAUUGGGUAAAAGAGUUACAAGUAUAUUGAAAUACUUGUUUCCAGUGCCAAAAGAGGAUAGCAAAAGAAUAUUAACUUUUGCUAAUGUUGACGAUUACAUUUCAUUCCGACAUCACACAUACAAAAAAGUUGAUGGACAGAUUGAACUUACUGAGGCUGGACCACGAUUUGAGCUGAGAUUAUACCAGAUCAAACUAGGAACACUUGAAAAUGAGGAUAUCGCUCGCACGGAAUGGACUCUUAGACCUUACAUGAAUACAGCGAAGAAACGAAAACUUUUUGGUGAUGGGCAAAUUUAAAUUAAAUGCAAUUGUAAUUUUAUAUCAACUGUAAACAUAAUGUCAAAAUUAAACUUUAGCAAGGAAUAAAAACCUUUGCUAUUUUUGCUCUUUACAUUAAAUUUCUUCUUUAAUU